CUAAAACCUCAUCUUUCAUGGGCCCCUUCGUAUAAAACUUUCUUCUCCUUCUUCUGAUUCCUCUCUCCAUCUCUCUCCUCUCAGACAUAGUAGUUUUCUUCUAAACAAGAAAAAUGGAAGACGGAAUUUGAUGUUUUGCUUCUCAUUCUAGAGCUUCACAAAAGGGUUUGCGUUUUUCCUGUUGUGGUCAAGGAAGGCACCGACCCUCUUUUGUGGAUGAUGAGACUCUCAGACUUUAGGGCCUCAGAGAUCUGAUCAGAAGCACAAAAUGAUAACAAUUUUCAAAAGGGUAUAAAUUCUGGUGAUAGGGUUUUGGAUAAUAUUGCAAAUUAUUGUGAUAACAAGAUCAUGGAAUUUAUGCAAAGAGAUCAGAAGGGGUAUUCUGACAAAGAAGACCAAGAUCAAGAUCUAGAACAAGAAGAUCAAGAGGAAGAGGAGGAUAUAAUCACCACCAGUAAGUUUUCUUCAUCAUCAUCUCAUACUUCAACUAACAGCAAUUAUGGGUCCUCACCAAAGUACAAAGCCAUCCUUUUUCCUCCUCCUCCUGACCACCAGCAGCAGUACGGCCAGCAAAAGCCGCGGCUUAAUAUUCAGAAUCACGGCUCUCCGGAAGCCAUAAACUUCAUGGACUUAUCACUAAACAAAGAUAUUCAGGCUGCUGAGGGUGGUACUGACGAAAAUUACUGGCCUGCGAGCUGCGAAAGGGAGCACUUGUUUGCGAAGGUUGUGACGCCGAGCGAUGUAGGGAAGCUCAACCGCCUAGUUAUUCCGAAGCAGCAUGCCGAGCGGUACUUCCCGCUGGACUCAUCAUCAAACGACAAGGGAUUGUUUUUGAAUUUUCAAGACCGGAUGGGGAAGCCGUGGCGAUUUAGGUACUCUUAUUGGAAUAGCAGCCAGAGCUAUGUCAUAACGAAAGGGUGGAGCCGUUUUGUGAAGGAGAAGAAGCUGGAUGCCGGCGACAUUGUGUUGUUUGAGCGCGGGGUUGGGGAAUCCGGUAAGGACAGGUUGUUUAUUGACUGGAGGCGGCGCCCUCCCCCUCCUCCUCCACCUCAGCUACAUCAUCAUAACCAUUACGCUGGAGGCAGGUUUUACUCGCUGCUGCAGAGGCCACUGCCUUCGUCUGUGAUAUCGUCUAUGCCUCUUAGACACCACGAACAUUUUCUUCAUUCGAACAACAACGUUCAUCAUCCGUACCACCACCACGACCAUCAGAUCAUGAAUCAACAAUAUUUACCGCAUCAGAUUCAUCAGUUGCAAGGUGGAAGAGGUCAUCACGUGAUUCAUCAUCAAUAUCCAAGGGUUAUCGAUUCGGUUCCGUUUUAUCAGCAUGGUAAUUAUAGGAGUUCUACUACUAGUACUAGUAGUGAAAGUGCUAGUGUUGCUUCAGCUGGUAAAAAGCUUAGGCUUUUUGGUGUGAACAUGGAAUGCUCAAGUAGUCCAACCGAAAAGGAGGAUCAUCAAGAAUGUCAGAUAUUGUCUUCAACAGCAAUACCCUACCAUCAUCAUCAUCAUCAUAAUCUUCCAUCUUCGACGUCUUCGCUGGCUUCUGCUCCGCUUCAAUUCAUGAGGCUGCCCAAUACAAGUAGUAGUAGUACUCCACCAGACCAUCACUUCCUCUCAAACAAAGGGAAAUCUACAACUACUUCGUUGUCGUUUUAUUUGAAUCCCUAGAGAGUUUUUGAUUGUUUGCUGUUGAAGGACGACUUUUCGAUCUUCACUAGUUCACUUUCCUCUUCAAUUAAAAUUUAAAGGUACCCCAAUGGAUAAUGAUUCCCCACAGGUCUAGCUGAAGAUCAGCUGCCUUGCAAAGAAAGGAACAAUCUACUUUACUUGUCGUUUUAUUUGGACAUAUAUGGUGAUCCCAAGCUAGCUAGCAAAGAGUUCAUUUAAUGUGAAUUUGCAGGUCAAUAUAUUAUAAACAGAAGUGAACAAGCAUUUUCUUUA